AUGAAGGAGGUGAUCAAUUUGGCAGGGCCGACUGCAAAAAUUGUCGAGAGUCCGAUCCCUGAGCCAAACGAUGACCAAGUCCUGAUCAAAGUGGUCGUGUCUGGGUCGAAUCCCAAGGAUUGGAAGGUCCCAGAUCUUGCAGCUUCUGGGAACACCAAUUUCGGCAUGAUGCUGGAGGCCAAGAAGGGGCUGAAUCAAGGAGACGAUAUUGCGGGAGUGGUUGAAAAAGUCGGGUCCAACGUGGUUGAAUUCAAGCCAGGUGAUCGCGUUGCAGCGUUCCAUGAAAUGUGUACCCCUGGUGGCUCGUAUGCUGAGUACGCAAUUGCAUGGAGUCAUACCACUUUCCAUUUGCCCAAGCACACCUCGUUCGAAGAGGCCGCGACUAUCCCACUCGCCGCCCUGACCGCUGCUGUGUCCUUGUACGCGCACCAUCGCUUCCCACCCCCGUGGACACCUGCAGUGAAACCGACCCCAUUCAUUGUUUAUGGUGCAAGCACGGCUGUUGGCUCAUACGCUAUCAAAAUGGCAUGCAACAGUAACAUCCAUCCCAUCAUCGCUAUCGCAGGAAAGGGCUCUCAGUAUGUAGAGGGCCUCCUCGAUCAAAGCAAAGGUGAUACAGUGAUUGACUACCGUAAAGGAGUGGAGCCAACCGUCAAGGAGAUUAGAAGCAGCCUUGAACGAGCAGGCCACUCUACUGUGCAGCACGCACUUGAUGCUAUUAUCAUUUCCCAGAGCGCGGAGGUCCUGAAGCAGUCGGUCACCGCGGGUGGACGAAUUGAUUUUGUACUGCCCAACGAUCUGGACGUGUCACCUGCGAUGAAAUCAAUCACUUCCGUGGGCUCAGUGCACAAGCAACCCGAGUUUGAGAACAAUGAGGAACUAGGCUUCAUUUUCUCCCGGUAUUUCACAAGAGCAUUGCACAAUGGCAGUUUCUCCGGUCAUCCCUUCGAAGUGAGGCCGCGCGGGCUAGAAGGUGUUGAGGAAGCCUUGAAAGACUUGAAGGCCGGAAAAGCAAGUGCUAUCAAGUACAUUUUCCGCAUUGCGGAUACGCCAGGGAUUGUUUAG